CUCUCUACAGAUAUAAGACCUGCUCGCUGCCUCCCCAGCAUCACAGACCAUCACAGCUUCAGGAACUUCAGAUCCAUUUCUCUGGACCUCUUUCUGGGUUGACCAGGACUUUAAAACACAGGGAGUUAUGUGGAGGAUUCUCCUGAUGGUCAGUCUGCUCUGCUGGAGCGCUGAUGGCAGAGUGACCUGCAGAGACAACAACAACGGAGAAGUGGACUGGUACAUCAUCUACAAGGCACCCGCAGGUUUGGAAUAUCUUUACAUUGAUUCAGCUGGGAGGAAGAUGGAGACCUCUAAAGAUCACAAUAAGCUCAUCGACCAUCCUGACGGUGUCCUGGCAAACACCCUGCGGCCCAUAUUUACCAAUCCAACGACAGACAACUUGGGAUUCAUCACCUACAGCGAUCAACCUCCUCCAAUAGGAACGGGUCCUGGCUCUAAGUUUGGCCACAGUAAAGGACUUGUGAUGAUGGAAAAAGACGAGACAGGAGUCUGGCUCUUACACAGCACACCACAGUUCCCUUUUACAAGGGAUCAAAAUAACUUCUACCCAUCCAGCGGAGCAACUAAAGCUCAGACGUUUAUCUGUGUAACAUUCAACUACGACCAGUUCCAACACAUAGGUGAACAUCUGCUGGACAUCGCAGCUUACCCGUUUGAUCAUCAUCUUCCAGACGACUUCCAUAAAGAGCUUAUAGAUGUUACAGAGAAAGACUUGAAGAAAAGACCAAAACGUGACGCAAAUCAAGUCAAAACUCGGGAGCUGACAUCAGCACAAUCAAUGUCAGCAGGAUUUGUAUCAACAGGAUUAAUAGCAGGAAUAAUAUCAGCAGGAUUAACGUUUGAAAGCAUUGCCAAGAAACAGUAUAUGGACGAGAUGGACCUUGUUCACCUGAUCACCUCCAUGUUUGCUGUUUCUAGGAACGAGAUGCCUUGUCUGCCUACCUCUGACAACAAAGCGUUUAACAAUUUUGUUAAGAAACACAUCUUAGACCAGUACUUUAACAGAGACUCUACCGAUGAAUGGGAAAGCUACAUAAUGACCAGGGGACUCUGCAGCAGACCUAAGCAGUCCUUCUUCGAGCCCAGGGAUCAGGGAGCUGUUGUGCAGAUCUGUCAAGGCCAUGGCCACGCACUGUUAAAUCAUAAAGACAACUUAUGCCUCAGUGACCAAACCAUACCAAUUUAUGAUGUUGAGGUUGACAACAAUUGCAAAGUUAAAAAACUAGAGCAUAACAAUAAUUUUGUUAUUGUGGCUUGUGAUCGGAUUGUAAACCAGUGCCUUCCUGUCCAUUAUGAGAAGUACAAUGGCCAAGUGCCAGACACGAAGAGCGUCUGCCAGUAAAUGCUGCUAAGAAUAGGCCACAUUUUUGGAGGUUAGUAGACAUUGGAGUCCAGAAGUCAGGCUCAUUAUUGUCCUGACAUCUGAAACCUCUGUCCAGCUUAGCUAAACCACGCCUCAUUCGCUUACAUAAGAAAACAUUGGCAUGUAAUUUUGUUGUUAAGCUACGUUAUAUUCUAUGUUACAUAUAUUGUUCGUACCGUGUUGUGGGAUGACCAUGAUUAACCCUUGGGUUGUCCUCCCAGCAAAAGAAAUGUUGACACUUUCUUCAAAAAAAAAAUGUUUCCCUAAGCUUCCGGCACUUUUUGUUGAAGUUUUUUCCACUUAUUAUUUUCUUUUUCCAAGUUGUUGUUUUUUCAAUGUUUUAAAAAAAAGAAUUUAUUUUACCCUUUUUUCAAAAUUUGUUGUCACUUUUACAUUUGAUGCUUUUUUCCCACUACUAACCAACUCAUACAACCAGUUUUACACUUAUUCUUGUAAUUCAUGCACACUAAACCUAAUUUUUUAGUUUACAAAGCAGAAAUAUGCUGUAAAAUGGAAUAAAACACCCCAAAUUCA